AAUAAUUUCAAAUAUUUGCUUCAUCAUUUCAGAUCAAAUUAGUUGUUCAAACACAAUGGCGGAACUCAUCCUGUCCGUGGUUGCUGAACCUCUUUUGUCAGCUACUUUUGAUUGGAUGCUCAAGAAGUUGGGUGGUUUCAUUUUCAGCAAUUCUCAGGGAUUACAGGAAGAGGUCCUGGAUAAUUUGAAAAUUUGGAGGACCUUGCUUCCGAAAAUCUGUGGUUUGCUCAGAGAUGCAGAAGAGAAGGAACUCUAUGACAAUUUCGUGAAGAUCUGGCUUGAUGAUCUAAAGGACUUGGCUUGUGAUAUGGAGGACAUUUUUGAGGAAUUAAAGGCUGAUAUUGAUGUUCAGAGGAGAAACUUGAUAGCAAAACCUCAACAAGCCAGCAGCAGUAAAUUUAUCCCAACUACAUGCUUCUCUUGUUUCAAAGGCAAUGAUUUCAAGUUUGAUUCCGAAAUUAUUUCUAAGGUGAAGGAUAUUUCUAACAGGUUGAAAGGCAUGGUAGACACAUCCACUGCACUAGGACUAGUGAGUUUAAAAGUGCAAGUUGGAGAACGGCCCAAUAGAGGAGAUGCAGUAAGGCUCACCACUUCUCUGCCUGAUUCUCAUGUUUGUGGUCGAGAGAGUGACAAAGCAGACGUUCUUCGGCAGUUGUUCAAUGAUGAAGGGAGUGAUAAAGGAUAUUCUGUAAUUCCCGUUGUUGGAAUGGGAGGUGUUGGAAAAACAACAUUGGCUCGACUUGUUUACAAUGAGGUGGAGGAGGGAUGCUUUGAACCUAAAGUCUGGGUUUGUGUGUCCAAUCAAUUCGAUAUUUUGAGCAUAACAAGAACAAUUUUAGAGGCAGUAUCUAAUGAGCGGUGUGAUUUGAAGGAUCUUAAUCUGCUUCAAGAAGAAUUGAAGAAAAAAUUAUCUUCUAAGAAGUUUCUUCUUGUUUUGGAUGACGUUUGGAACGAAGGCUCAGUUCCAUGGGACACCCUGCAAAAACCUUUUCAAUUAGCAUCAGCUGGAAGCAAAAUAAUUGUUACAACUCGUAACGAGAAUGUUGCAAAAACCAUGGAUAGGAAAGCCAAGAUUCACCGGUUAAAACCAUUAGAAUUUGAACAAUGCUUGCCAAUUCUAGCUCAGCAGGCAUUAGGGGAGAAGAACUUUGGUGCACAUCCAAAUUUGAAAGAAGUUGGUGAAGAAAUCGUUGAAAAGUGCAAUGGAUUGCCGUUAGUUGCCAGAGUCACAGGGGGCCUCUUACAACGUUCGCUUGACCGCGAAUAUUGGAAAUACAUAAACAAUAAAAUGUUGAAUUUACAAGCACAGGAAAGUGGGAUUCUAGCAGUGUUGAUGCUGAGCUACCAUGAUCUUCCUUUUUAUUUGAAGCAAUGUUUUGCAUAUUGUGCUUUGUUCCCUCAAGACUACCCAUUUAAGAAGGAUGAGUUAGUUAUGUUGUGGAUGGCAGAGGGACUCUUGUGGCAAAAGCCGGGGGAACAAAAUAGAUUGGAAGAAAUCGGGCAUCAAUAUUUUUGUGAGUUACUUUCAAGAUCAUUUUUUGAGCAGUCUAGUGGGAAUGAAUUAGUGUAUGUAAUGCAUGAUCUCAUACAUGAUUUGGCUCAGUUUGUUGCUGGAAGAACAUGCCACAACCUACAGACUAUGUUGGAGGUUGAUAAGAAAUCUGAAGUGAAAUUUGAGAAGGUUCGACAUUUAUCAUUCCAUUGUAGUUUUUUUGACAUCUCUGAGAAAUUUGAAGUUCUGAAAGAAAUGAAGAGUUUACGGACACUCAUUGCUACUAAUCCAGGAGCUCAUAUGUGCUAUUUAGCAAAGACAGUGGUGCUUGAUAUGAUACCAGAAUUAAGAUGCUUAAGGGCAUUAUCUCUUCGGGGUUAUUAUAUAGAAAAGCUACCAGAUUCAAUCAGAGAUUUAAAAUGUUUAAAGUACCUUGAUUUGUCUGAAACUAGUAUACAAAGUCUACCUGAAUCAAUAGUUUUCCUCCUCCAGUUACAGACAUUGUUGUUAUUCAACUGCGAAAGCUUUUCAAAGCUUCCUGUGACAAUUGGGAACUUAAUUAACCUCCAUCAUCUGGACCUCAGAGGAACAGAUUCCUUAGAAGAGAUGCCAUCCGGAAUAGCUAACCUCAGAGAUCUUCUGACAUUGGGAAAAUUCAUUGUGGGGAAGGAAAAUGGAUCAGUUAAACUCUCUGAUUUGGAGAACCUUUCACAACUCAAGGGGGAACUAUCUAUUCUAGAUUUGCAUAAUGUUUCGAAUGCUCAUGAUGCUAGGAAGGCCAGCCUAGGUAAGAUUGAUGGUCUUGAUUGGUUGCUCUUGCAAUGGACUUCUGAUUUUGGCAAUUCUAGGAAUGAAGACAAGGAAAUAGAGGUCCUUAGCUGGUUAAAACCACAUCUAAAAUUGAAAAGUCUCUCAAUUAUUUGCUAUGGUGGCAAGGAAUGGCCGUCCUGGAUUAAUUGUCCGUUGUUUUCUAAUUUAUCAUACUUGAAGCUGUGUGAGUGUAGAAGAAGCCCUUCAUUACCAUCACUGGGGCAAUUACCAGCACUCAAAGAAUUGAUUGUGGAAGGCAUGGACGCAAUAGAAUCGGUGGAUUCUAAGUUUUAUGGGCAUGGCACUUUUCAAUCUCUUGAGAAGUUGGAGUUUCGUGACAUGUUAGUGUGGGAAGAAUGGACUUCUACAAUGGGAGGUGGAGUGGGAUUCUCAUGUCUUCAUGAGCUUGUGAUUGAAAAUUGUCCUAAGUUGAUCGGACAAUUACCCAGACUUGUUUGCUUGGCUAGGAGUUUUAUUGAGUCCUUGAUAGCAACUGAGAAGGUGGAGAUUAAAGAAUGCCUCGAGCUUACUUGUUUAUGGGAGGAAGGUGCCGAGAUAGAAAACCUUGCUCGUCUUGAGAAAAUGAACAUUGAAAGCUGUCCUCUUCUUGUCUCAUUGACGGGGAAAGAACAUGGCCUUCUUCCUUCCAAUCUUAAACAUCUCACACUUUCAAGGUGCAAGGCUUUAGAGUCAUUAAUUGAUGCGAUGAUGAUGAAGGUAGAUGGAAGCAGUAGCAGCAACAACAUGUUGAGACUUGAAUCAUUAAGCAUCUACAAUUGUGAUUCUCUCAAGUCUUUACCCAACACCACGGUUAAACACUUGACAAUUAAUGCAUGUGUCAAUUUUGAGUCUUUACCAGAUGGACUAUUAUUGCAAGAUGAUGGUGAUAGCAAUAGCAAUCUUGAAUCUCUGAGUAUAGAGGGACUUCCUUCUCUAAAUUCUGUUGGAAGUGGUCAUCUGCCAGCUUCUCUCAAGGAAUUUAUUAUUUGUGGUUGCAAGAGGUUGGAAUCAUUUCUAGAGAGAAUGCUGCAACAUUGUACGGGACUUGAAUCCCUUCGAAUUUGGAAUUGUGAAGUAUUGAGAAGCUUAUCACUUGAUGGCCUCAGCAAUCUUCGUGAUUUGAAUAUUAUAAGGUGUGCAGUUUUAGAAUUCUUCCCAGAAAUGGGCCUCUCCUUGCCCAAUCUUAGGUAUUUGAGAAUUGCAGACUGUCCAGGGUUGGAGCGCAUUCUAGAUGGGGGUUUUCCCCCAAACUUAACACAUCUUGAAUUAGACGGUGAGCAUCUGAAGCAGCCGGCAGUGAGACGGGACAUCCGCAAUCUUACCUCUCUUCAAAGCUUUCACAUUUAUAACACGUGUCCUCCUCUUCAGGAUAUUGUGCUUCCUUCUUCUUUAAUAUCUCUGGAGAUAAGAAAUGCAAAGAAUCUGGAAUCCAUACCCAGAGGGCUCCUCCAAAACCUCAACUCUCUUCAAGAAUUAGAGAUUUGGAGUUGGCCAAAGCUACGGUCCUUGCCGAGGGAAGGCCUGCCUCCGUCGCUUGGAUCCCUCUUCAUCAAUGAGUGUCCGCUUCUAAAACGACAACGCUUUGAGGAGAAAGGAGAAUAUUGGUCUCUCACCCGUACCAUCCCUCUAGUCGUAAUAGAUGGUUAUGAGCUAUAACCACCAAAGCCAAUUGUUACCUGAGGAGUGAAAUCUGGAAUGAAGCUACAGACUUAUUAUUGAGGGUUUUUUUCUCCAACUUCUUAUUGAAGACAAUUUAAGGAUAUUAAGGUGGAUGUCUGGUGUCAUGCUACCUUCUAAGUAGGAGGCAAAAUUUCUGGCAGUAGCUAAGAAAUGAACAAUCCAAUAAUGUUCAUCCUUACAGGCGAGGCAAGUGUAGAGAGCACAAGACAGCUGCGUUGACCACUUCUUUGUUUAACUAUGGUCUUAUUUGGGGAUUUAGUUCUGAGAUUAAUGUAAUGUGAAGACAAGAAGAGGUGCCUCUCGGUACUUGUCAUAGUCAUAGCAACAAAUUUCUCCUGUUUCAGGUUAAGACAAUUCAACUAAAAGAGGCUUGCCUUGUAAAUUUUAGAAAUCUCCAAUUAUGUGAUCCCAAGGACAUCAUUGCUCGGAAGUCCUGACUCUUUCUUCUCUUCAGCUGCACUCACUGCAGAUAUCCCUCAAGGGUUUUGAAGCUGCUAUUGCAGUUGGAGCCAAGGAAGUAGCAGCAGCUGCCUCAGCUUCAGAAUCUUUUUCAAAGUCAAAGACUAAGAAAGCAUUGAAGAUAGUCUUAUUGUUUUGAUGUUAUUUCUGCUGCAAGAGAGCUUUCAACACCUGUUUUUGGGUAGGUUACUAACUACCGUUGAAAUUGCUGUAUACUCCUUAAGAGGAAUAGACAUUAUGGAAUGAU